GUUGCCCAGCAUUUUACACUGAACCAGAGUAGAGUUGAGGACAUUACACUGAUAGAAGAGGAUUAUAGACUUCUACAAAGUGACAGUUUUGGUGGAGACAUUGAAAUGCCAAGGCAAAGCGGCUUCUUCAGUGACAGUUUCUUAGUUACUCCCAGUCCCAGUGAUGUUUUGGCUGAUCACAGUUCUUUCAGCAUCACUGCAGACAAAAAUGAAUUGGAUGAAUCUUUAUCUAUAUUAAAGCAUGAUGGGUUUGGAGAUGAAGGCAUUGCUGAAGAUAUGAUUGACAAUGUGCUUGGAGCUGAGCAGAAUAGCCUCAUUGCACUCUUUGACACGGAGAGAGAAACUCACCUAUCCCCAAACCUGCCGGGAGAUGAUACCAUAGCUACUCCCAGAUUUGAGCAGGAAGCAAGAAGUCAUCCAAUAAAUGAAACCACGUUGUUAUCUAAUGAAGAAGAAGGUUUUGUGCUUGAACCAAUUGAAGUUUCAGUUCACAUAAAGAGGCAAAGAAGUAAAAGGAAAAGAAGAUUGCUUGUAGAUAUCGAGAAAGAGAUAAGCAGAAGCGCUAUGGAAAAUCAGUUUAUGGACUACAAGGACACGUUAACUACAUUAGAUAUUGCGCCCCCCACAAAAAGGCUAAUGAUUUUGAAGGAGUUGGGUAGUAUGGAUAAACUUCUGAGCACACCUACCCAGCCUUUAAUUAAUGAAGAUUUGAAAAAGCUGUUUAUUAGAAGUCUCAAGAAUGAAAGAAAAACACUUCAGCAGGAGGCAGAAGUAGAAGAACGAAGCAAGGAACAAGCUGCUAAAAAGCCAAGAGAAGAAGGUCCAAAUAACCUACAGGACUCGUUUUCUCUAGAAGCUCGGUCUUUGUUGCAAAAUGACAGAAAUGAAGAAAAUAGUAAUGUAACUUUUGAAGUAACAGAAGCUGCCAACAUUCUGUCCACUUUGUCUGAUGGUGCUUCGCUAGAUGUCUCUGUAAGACAAGAAUCUGAGAAUGAGCAAGCUGCAAAAGAAAAUGAACUUCAAGGGAGUGAUCUAGAGAAUGAAGAAAAAAGGAGAUGUAAGAGAACUCUAGAGUUGUUACAUAUUUUCCAGCGCAUGGACCAGACAGGUGCAAAGUCUUUCAGUUUUCUGGCCCUUUGUAGGAACAACAAGAAAAAACAAGUUGCCAGCAAGUUCCAUAGCUUGCUUGUUCUGAAGAAACAACAAGCUGUCAAAUUGGCUCAGCCUGCUCCCUAUGCAGACAUUCUAGUGACAGUGGGUCCAAAAUUCUAUGUUCUCUGAAGGCUGGAAUGAAACCAUCCUUUUAACCGUCAGCUGCUCUGACUGAAAAAUGUUGCCGUUUCAAAAGUUCUAGAGACAACUUCAUCUCUCCUCUGAAACACGUGACAAAGAGAUCUGCGGGUGGUAUACCUGAAGAAUAAGAAUAAGCAGGGCAGAAAUAUUUUAUUAUGGUUUUUUAAAAGAGGAACUGUUUAACAUGCCUUUCUAGAAGUAGAGUGGCAAACUAGAAGAAAUGCUGUUUUAAAUUUUUUUUAAGUGCUCAGCCAUAAUAUUUUGCCUUUGUUCUAUGUUUUAUUCCUCUUUUCAUUGGGAACAGAAACAGAUUUAACUGUUUCCUUUUCAUACGUUAUUCACAUUGGUUAACACAGAUGUGAAAAAGCAAAUGGCACCACCCACUCAUGAUGCUCAUCUCUGAUAAAAAUGGAAAUGGAAAUCUAUGACACUUAUAUUCUUCUGAGGGUGUGUGUGUUAACACAUACACACACACACACCUUCAUGUUGGUUCCUUGCUUGCACAAUCACAGGAAGGUCCCAGAAAAAGUGUUAUCUGCACCCUUACCCCACCCCAGGUCAUGUGCCACAUAACUUCAAACAUAUGCUGCCAUGCAGGGGCCACCUAAGGAAUGAUAGUUUAUAUUUUUAAGCAAAUUAGAUGUUUUUCCAUAGAGCCCUUCUUAAUUAUGAUGUUCACGCCCAUUUUGUGUGUCUCCUGUCUACAGUCUUUGUAUAUUUUUGAAUUUUUUUGUAAUUCUUUUCUGAUCAGAAGUGCUAAUGGGAUAUGCAAAAAGUAGUAUAAAAGCAAUGGUGAGUCUAUAAUUUCCAUUUUCAGGGUGGAAGGGGGAAUUUUGUCUCUAGGCUAAAAUCCUUAGAAAAUAGUUUAAUGACUUGUUUAAACUUUAUAUUUUUGUGUUUAAAAUACAUAGUUAAAUAUUUAAUGUGUUCUUUUCCCUGUUUUUAAGAUAUUCUGACAUAUUUAUUCUAUUAAAUGAAUGCAUAUUUC